AUGGCUGAAGCAGAGGGAGGAUCCGAGCAGGAUGAUGUUUCAUUCUUGCGCACGGAAGACAUGGUCUGCCUGUCCUGCACGGCAACCGGUGAGCGCGUGUGUCUGGCGGCCGAAGGUUUCGGCAACCGGCACUGCUUCCUGGAGAACAUCGCAGACAAGAACAUCCCGCCGGACCUAUCGCAGUGCGUGUUCGUAAUAGAGCAGGCGCUGUCGGUGCGUGCACUGCAGGAGCUGGUCACUGCCGCCGGUUCGGAAACCGUAAGUAUGCCCGGCAAAGGUACGGGGUCCGGCCAUAGGACGUUGCUUUACGGCAAUGCUAUUCUGUUGCGUCACAACAACAGUGACAUGUACCUUGCCUGUCUGUCGACUUCGUCCUCCAACGACAAGCUGUCGUUCGACGUCGGUCUGCAGGAGCACAGCCAGGGUGAAGCCUGUUGGUGGACCGUACAUCCAGCCAGCAAGCAACGUUCGGAAGGUGAGAAGGUCCGAGUCGGUGACGAUCUGAUUCUGGUGUCCGUCGCUACCGAGCGUUAUCUGCACACCACCAAGGAAAAUGAUCUGUCGAUCGUAAACGCCAGCUUCCACGUGACGCACUGGAGCGUACAGCCGUACGGAACCGGUAUCUCGCGCAUGAAGUACGUCGGUUACGUUUUCGGUGGCGACGUACUUCGGUUCUUCCACGGCGGUGACGAAUGUCUAACGAUCCCAAGUACCUGGAACUUGGAUCCGGGUCAGAACAUUGUCGUAUACGAGGGUGGCUCUGUGAUGUCACAGGCACGUUCCCUAUGGCGACUGGAGCUAGCCCGUACCAAAUGGGCCGGGGGGUUCAUCAAUUGGUCGCAUCCGAUGCGUAUCCGGCAUUUGACCACCGGCCGGUACCUCGGUGUGAACGAAAACAACGAGCUGAUACUGAUGAGCCGCGACCAGGCCACCACCUCGCAGACCGCCUUUGUCCUCCGUCUCGAAAAGGACGACCAGAAGGUAGUGCUGGAGGACAAGGAUCUGGAAAUCAUCGGUGCACCGAUCAUCAAGUACGGUGACUCGACCGUCAUCAUGCAGCACUACGAAUCGGGCCUAUGGGUCAGCUACAAGAGCUACGAAACGAAGAAGAAGGGCGUCGGUAAGGUGGAGGAGAAGCAAGCCAUCCUCCACGAGGAAGGCAAGAUGGACGAUGGGUUGGACUUUUCGCGCUCGCAGGAAGAGGAGUCACGUACGGCUCGCGUCAUCCGCAAGUGCAGCAGUUUGUUCACCAAGUUUAUUAGUGGCCUUGAAACGUUGCAAGAAAAUCGUCGUCACUCGAUUUUCCUGCAGACGGUCAACCUGGGUGAGAUGGUAAUGUGCCUGGAAGAUUUGAUCAACUAUUUCGCCCAGCCGGAGGACGACAUGGAACACGAGGAGAAGCAGAACCGGCUGCGUGCGUUGCGCAACCGGCAGGACCUGUUCCAGGAGGAGGGCGUGCUCAAUCUGAUCCUCGAAGCGAUCGACAAGAUCAACAUCAUCUCGUCCCAAGGCUUCCUGGCGUCGUUCCUGGCCAGUGACGAGAGCGGCCAGAGCUGGGAUAUGAUCUCCGGCUACCUGUACCAGCUGCUGGCGGCCAUCAUCAAGGGCAACCACACCAACUGUGCCCAGUUUGCCAACUCGAACCGGUUGAACUGGUUGUUCUCGCGACUGGGAUCGCAGGCCUCCAGCGAGGGUUCCGGCAUGCUGGAUGUGUUGCACUGCGUGCUGAUCGAUUCGCCGGAAGCGCUGAACAUGAUGCGAGACGAACACAUCAAGGUGAUCAUUUCGCUGCUGGAGAAGCACGGGCGCGAUCCGAAGGUGUUGGACGUGCUGUGUUCGCUGUGCGUCGGUAACGGUGUUGCGGUACGUUCCUCCCAGAACAACAUCUGUGACUUUCUGCUGCCGGGCAAGAAUUUACUCCUGCAAACCGGGCUGGUCGACCACGUGGCUAGCAUCCGGCCGAACAUCUUUGUCGGGCGCGUGGAAGGAUCCGCCAUCUACCAGAAGUGGUACUUCGAGGUGACGAUGGAUCACAUCGAGCAGAUGACGCACAUGAUGCCCCAUCUGCGCAUCGGGUGGGCCAACACGGCCGGCUACGUGCCGUACCCGGGCGGUGGUGAGAAGUGGGGCGGUAACGGUGUCGGUGACGAUCUGUUCUCGUACGGGUUCGACGGUGUGCACUUUUGGUCUGCCGGCCGGCGCACCUGCGUAGUGCCGCGAGAAGUGACGGAACCCUACAUCAAGAAGGGUGACGUUAUUGGGUGCACGCUGGAUCUGAGCGUUCCGGUGAUUCGGUUCACGUUCAACGGCGAACCGGUGCAGGGUUGCUUCACCGACUUCAACCUGGACGGUAUGUUCUUCCCCGUGAUGAGCUGCUCGUCGAAGCUGAGCUGCCGCUUCCUGUUUGGCGGUGACAAUGGGCGUCUCAAGUUCAGCCCACCGACCGGCUUCUCGCCCCUCGUACAGUGCCUUAUGCCACACCAAAACCUUAGCCUGGAUCCGUGCUUCUACUUCGGCAAUCUGAACAAGAACGUGCUUGCCGGUCCGUGGUUAGUCGAGGACGAUUCCGCCUUCGUGCCGAAACCGGUCGAUACGUCGCCGGUCACGCUACCCUCGUCGGUGGAAACGAUCCGGGACAAGCUGGCGGAAAACAUCCACGAAAUGUGGGCGCUGAACAAGAUCGAGUCCGGCUGGACGUGGGGUGAACGUCGGGACGAUGUGUACCGCAUCCAUCCGUGCCUGACGUCGUUCGAGAAGCUACCGGCGGCGGAAAAACGCUACGAUUGUCAGCUGGCCGUCCAAACGCUCAAGACCAUCCUUGCGCUCGGGUAUUACAUCUCGAUGGAUAAACCACCGGCACGCAUCCGGCCGAUUCGCCUGCCGAACGAUCCGUACAUGCAAGGCAACGGCUAUAAGCCGGCUCCGCUCGAUCUGAGUGCGGCCGUGCUAACGCCCAAGAUGGAAGAGCUGGUCGAUCAGCUCGCCGAAAACACGCACAAUCUGUGGGCGAAGGAACGCAUCCAGCAGGGCUGGACGUAUGGACUGAACGAAGAUUCGGAAAACCUUCGCAGCCCCCAUCUCGUACCAUACUCCAAAGUAGACGAAGCGAUCAAGAAAGCGAACCGCGAUACUGCCUCCGAAACGGUGCGCACUCUGCUCAUCUACGGGUACAAUCUGGACCCACCGACCGGCGAGGCGAACGAAGCCUUGGCCGCGGAAGCACUGCGACAGAAGUUUGCCGCGUACCGGACGUACCGGGUCGAGCGGACGUACGCCGUAACCUCCGGCAAGUGGUACUUUGAGUUUGAAGUUCUCACCGCUGGACCGAUGCGGGUUGGUUGGGCACGAGCUGAUUGUAACCCCGGUACGAUGCUGGGCAGUGACGAUGCUUCCUGGGCAUUCGAUGGAUACAACGCGCGUAAGAUGCAUCUCCAUACGGUCGAAGACUUUGGUAGACGCUAUAAGAUCGGGGACAUCAUCGGUUGCUUCGUAAACGUCCACGAGAAGAGCAUGAGUUUCUCGCUCAACGGUGAGCUGCUGAUGGAUGCCCUCGGUGGUGAGACCACAUUUGCGGAUGUUACCGCACCGGAUGGUGUUGGAUUUGUGCCAGCCUGCACUAUUGGUAUCGGUCAGAAGGCGCGCGUUGUAUAUGGACAGGAUGUGGAUUCGCUGAAGUGGUUCACAACCUGCGGUUUGCAGGAAGGUUACGAACCAUUCUGCGUCAACAUGAAGCGCCCUGUCACUCACUGGUACACGAAGGAUCAGCCGAUCUUCGAGAAUACGGACGAGAUUCCGGAGGGUAAGAUCGAUGUGACGCGUAUCCCGGGCGGUGCGGAUACACCGCCGUGCAUGAAGAUCUCGCACAAUACCUUCGAAACGAUGGAGAAGGCCAACUGGGAAUUUUUGCGUCUAUCACUGCCGGUAACGUGCGCCAAUACCUUCAUUAGUGAGCAGGAGAAGAUGCGCCGCUGGGAAGAGAUACGCAUCCGCCAGCACCGUCUCAUGACGGAGGUGGAUCAUUCGGCACCGGCACACUUUGACCAUAUCAUGCGCAGCGGCUUCACCAUGAACGAUAUCAAGGGUCUGCAUCGUAACUAUUCAGAGGAUGCAGCCGAAGCCGACGAGAUGAUGCGCAACGGACCGAGACGUCCCUCGAGACAUCAGGCUCGCGGAGGACUCAGUCCACCAGGCAUCGAAAUCAACGGCGAGGCUACGAGCGACGGUGAGCUGAACGCGUACUCCGACAACGAGCUGGAGGGUGGCGACGACCGUAAGAAGCGGGGCCGUAGUCCGUUCCGUCUGUUUGGCAAGAAGCGCGAUCAGAGCAAGGACAAGCUGAAGGAUCGUCGCACACCGGAGCCGGAACCGCGCAAGAGCAACCUGAAGGUGACGCAGCGUGGCCAACCUACGCGUAUGUCGAACAGCGAUCUACGCUCCCAACAACCGAUGGCACCCGAACGCAAGGGUAUGGGAAGUCCACAGGUGGAGUCGUUCGGUAACGAGGUGUACGAUGCGGAAUGUUUGCGCCUGAUCAACGAGUACUUCUACGGAGUGCGCAUUUUCCCCGGUCAGGAUCCGACGCACGUAUAUGUGGGCUGGGUGACGACACAGUACCAUGUGCACAGCAAGGAAUUUGGCCAGAACAAGGUGCGCCAUGCUGCGAUCUACGUGGAGGACGAGAAUGAGAAAACUAUCGAAAUCGUGAAUCGUCAGUCAUGCUACAUGGUGCGUGCCGACGAACUGUUCAACGAAGUGACGCAGGACUCUUCCGGCAAGGGUGCCUCACAGGGCAUGUUUGUGGGAUGCUUCGUCGAUACCGCUACCGGUACGAUCCGGUUUACCUGCGAAGGCAAGGAAACUUCUCACGUGUUCCUGAUGGAACCGGACACCAAACUCUUCCCGGCCAUCUUCGUCGAGGCGACCAGCAAGGAAAUUCUUCAGAUCGAGCUGGGCCGCACACCAACAACGCUCCCCUUGUCGGCAGCCGUACUGCCUACCAGCGAUAAGCACAUCAACCCACAGUUCCCACCGAGGCUGAAGGUGCAGUGCCUGAAGCCGCACCAGUGGGCACGCGUCCCCAACACGGCCCUGCAGGUGCACGCCCUGAAGCUGUCGGACAUCCGCGGUUGGUCAAUGCUGUGCGAAGAUCCGGUAUCGAUGCUGGCACUGCACAUCCCCGAGGAGGACCGCUGUAUCGAUAUUCUCGAGCUGAUCGAGAUCGAUCGACUGCUGCAGUUCCAUGCGCAUACGCUAACGCUCUAUUCGGCGCUUUGCUACCAAUCGAACUACCGUGCCGCACAUGCGCUUUGCUCGCACGUCGAUCAGAAGCAGCUACUGUACGCGAUCCAAUCGGAGUAUAUGAGCGGUCCGCUGCGUCUCGGGUUUUACGAUCUGCUGAUUUCACUGCACUUGGAAUCGCACGCCACCACAAUGGAGGUUUGUAAGAAUGAGUACAUCAUUCCGCUUGGAUCGGACCUGAGGGAGCUUUACAUCGAUCCCGAAAUGUGCCACUCGUUGCGUUCGCUUCAAACGCUCUCCGUGCGACCGGAAAUGAACAUGACCGAAAUAGCACCCACACCCUCACAAUCGAAUAUGCCGACAAUAGUAGCACCAGAUUCUUCCAGUGAACCCAUACCGGCAAUUGACUCGUUAUAUUCGCCAAGAUUCCCACUCGAAGUGGUGAGGGAGUUUGUGAUGAGCGCACUGCAGGAGGCGGUACAGAUCAAUCAGGUACACAACCGCGAUCCUAUCGGUGGAUCGAACGAGAAUCUGUUCCUGCCCCUGAUCAAGCUGAUCGAUCGCUUACUGCUGGUCGGUGUCAUUACGAACGAAGACGUCGAGAAGCUGCUGAUCAUGAUCGAUCCCGAAACGUGGGAUCCAUUGUUCGAGAAGGAAGGUAAGGAUGAACAUCGGAAGGGAUUGUUGACGAUGAAGAUGGCCGAGGGUGCGAAGCUGCAAAUGUGCUACCUGUUGCACCAUCUGUACGAUGUGCAGUUGCGACAUCGCGUCGAAAGCAUUAUCGCAUUCGCUUUCAACUACGUUGGCGAUUUGCAGCAGGAUCAGUUACGCAGAUAUAUCGAGAUCAAACAGUCCGAUCUGCCGAGUGCCGUCGCGGCUAAGAAGACGCGUGAAUUCCGUUGUCCACCACGCGAACAGAUGAACGCCAUCCUGGGGUACAAAAAUCUCGAGGAAGAAGACCUGGAGAAUGCCUCGUGUGGUCCGGAUCUACGCAACAAGCUGAUCGAGUUCCACGAGAAGCUGAUGGGCAAGGUGUCGCUUAAUGCUCUGCAGGAACCGGAAGAACCGGAAGCGGACAAGCUUGAAGAGGGUAAACCGGGAGCGCUGAAGAAGCUGUACAACUUCAUCAACGCCGUAAAGGAACUGGAAGAAGAUCCCAAAGAACCGGAGGAAGAGGAAAAGAAAACGCCGGAAGAAGUGUUCCGCAAGGUGCUGAUUAAGCAGCUCGUAUCUUGGGCGGAGGAAUCCCAGAUCGAGAAUCCGAAGCUCGUGCGCGAGAUGUUUGGACUGCUUGUGCGCCAGUACGAUACGAUCGGUGAGCUGAUCAAGGCUCUCAACAAGACGUACGUCAUUAACUCCAAAACGAAGGGUGAUGUGGCGAACAUGUGGAUCGGCCUGAGUCAAAUUCGUGCCUUGCUUCCGGUGCAGAUGAGCCAGGAAGAGGAGGAACUGAUGCGCAAGCGGCUCUGGAAGCUGGUCAACAAUCACACCUUCUUCCAGCAUCCAGAUUUGAUUCGUAUUUUGCGCGUGCACGAGAACGUUAUGGCGGUCAUGAUGAACACGCUUGGACGUCGUGCCCAGGCACAGAGUGACGCCCCGGUACAGACGGCCGAAGGCGAAGAGUCCGCACCGAAGGAGAAGGAUACCUCGCAUCAAAUGGUGGUCGCUUGCUGUCGCUUCUUGUGUUACUUCUGCCGAACGGGUCGCCAGAAUCAGAAGGCCAUGUUUGAUCAUUUCGACUUCCUGUUGGAGAACUCCAACAUUCUUCUGUCGCGUCCAAGUCUACGCGGCUCGACGCCGCUGGACGUGGCGUACUCCAGCUUGAUGGAAAACACGGAGCUAGCGCUGGCCUUGCGUGAGCACUAUCUGGAGAAGAUUGCCAUUUACCUGUCUCGUUGCGGACUUCAGAGCAACUCCGAGCUGAUCGAACGUGGCUAUCCCGAUCUCGGCUGGGACCCAGUGGAAGGUGAACGUUAUCUCGACUUCUUGCGCUUCUGUGUUUGGGUGAAUGGAGAAAGUGUCGAGGAAAAUGCUAACCUCGUUAUUCGUUUGCUCAUCCGUCGACCGGAGUGUCUCGGACCGGCGCUGCGUGGUGAAGGCGAGGGUCUUCUCAAGGCCAUCAUUGAUGCCAACAAAAUGUCCGAACGCAUCACGGAACGUCGAAAGAUGCAGGACGAAGCAGAGGGUACGAUCGCGGGUUUGAACUUCGCCCAUCCACUUCCCGAGGGAGAUGAUGAUGAGGAUUACAUUGACACCGGAGCUGCCAUUCUGUGCUUCUACUGUACGCUGGUCGAUUUGCUGGGCCGAUGUGCUCCGGAUGCUGCGGUCAUCGAGCAGGGCAAGAAUGAGUCACUGCGUGCGCGUGCCAUUUUACGAUCGCUUGUGCCGCUGGAAGAUCUGCAGGGUGUGCUCAGCCUGAAGUUCACACUGACCAAUCCAGCGAUGGGCGAGGAUAGACCCAAGUCCGAUAUGCCAUCUGGACUGGUGCCCGGUCACAAGCAGAGCAUCGUCCUGUUCCUGGAGCGUGUCUAUGGAAUUGAAACGCAGGAGCUGUUUUACCGCUUGCUGGAGGACGCUUUCUUGCCCGAUCUGCGGGCGGCCACGAUGUUGGAUCGUAGCGAUGGGUCGGAAAGUGAUAUGGCGCUGUCGAUGAAUCGGUACAUAGGCAACUCGAUUUUGCCGUUGCUUAUCAAGCACUCCAAGUUCUACAAUGAGGCUGAAAACUAUGCCAGCUUGCUGGAUGCCACGCUGCACACGGUUUACCGUAUGUCCAAGAAUCGUAUGCUCACCAAGGGCCAGCGUGAAGCUGUUUCCGAUUUCUUGGUCGCGCUUACGUCGGCAAUGCAUCCGGCUAUGUUGCUGAAGCUACUGCGCAAGCUUACCAUCGACGUGUCGAAGCUGUCCGAAUAUACGACCGUUGCUCUGCGACUGCUAACCCUGCACUACGAGCGUUGCGCCAAGUACUACGGUACUACCGGCGGCGGUCAAGCCUCACAGUUCGGAGCAUCUUCGGACGAAGAGAAGCGUCUGACGAUGUUGCUGUUCUCGAACAUCUUCGAUUCGCUCAGCAACAUGGACUACGAUCCGGAACUGUUCGGUAAAGCGUUACCGUGUCUGAUUGCCAUCGGUUGCGCCCUGCCGCCGGACUACAGCUUGUCCAAGAACUCGGACGACGAUCUGUACGGCAAGCCAACGGGCGGUGGUCCCGAUCAACCGCACUAUAACCCACAACCGAUCGAUACGACCGCGGUACAGCUUACGAACGAUCUCAACCAGAUCGUGCAGAAGUUCAGCGAGCAUUAUCAUGACGCGUGGGCUAGCCGUAAGCUGGAGAACGGAUGGACCUACGGUGAUCAGUGGUCGGAUGUGAACAAAACUCAUCCACGCUUGAAGCCGUACAACACGCUCAGCGAAUACGAACGCGAACGCUAUCGCGAACCUGUACGCGAAAGCUUAAAGGCACUGCUGGCGUUGCACUGGAGAAUUGAACAUUCGGAGGGUGAUGUCCCGCUGUCUAACCGUGGCUCGAUGCGCCGCCAAUCGAAACCCAAUCUUGUAAGUACCCAGUUUAAAGUCAAUACUGGUUCACCGUUCAACUACAAUCCACACCCGGUGGAUAUGACCAAUCUGACGCUGAGCAGAGAAAUGCAAAACAUGGCGGAACGGUUGGCCGAAAACUCGCACGAUAUCUGGGCGAAGAAGAAGAACGAAGAGCUCAACCAGUGCGGCGGUGCCAUACAUGCCCAGCUAGUGCCGUACGAUCUGCUCACGGACAAGGAGAAGCGCAAGGAUCGCGAGCGUUCGCAGGAGUUCCUUAAGUACCUCCAGUACCAGGGACUCAAGCUGCACAAGCCAUCGCGUGGACAAACGGAGGAACCGGGCAUGAGUACUGCUGCGAUCGAGCUGCGCUUUGCCUACUCGCUGCUGGAGAAGCUGAUCUCCUACAGCGAUCGUGCUACGAUCAACAUGAAGCUGCUGAAACCAUCGUCCACGUUCAGUCGUCGCACGUCCUUCAAGACCUGCUCGCGCGACAUUAAGUUCUUCUCGAAGGUGGUACUGCCACUGAUGGAGAAAUACUUCUCCACCAAUCGCAACUACUUCAUUGCGAUCGCUACCGCCACAAACAACGUUGGUGCGGCCUCGCUGAAGGAGAAGGAAAUGGUGGCCGCACUGUUCUGUAAGCUGGCCAGUCUGCUGCGUUACCGGUUGGCUGCGUUCGGUGCCGAUGUUCGCAUCACCGUACGCUGUCUGCAGGUGCUGGUGAAGAGUAUCGACGCCAAGUCGCUCGUCAAGAACUGUCCCGAGUUUAUUCGCACCUCGAUGUUGACGUUCUUCAACAACACUGCCGACGAUCUCGGACAGACGAUCGUCAACCUGACGGAGGGCAAAUACGAUCGUUUGCGUGGAACGCAUCUGAAGACUUCCACUUCGUUGGCGUACGUGAAUCAAGUGAUUCUUCCAGUGCUGACGUCCCUGUUUGAUCAUUUGGCUGCAUGUGACUAUGGAAGCGAUUUGUUGUUGGACGAAAUCCAGGUGGCUUCGUACAAGAUCCUAUCGGCUCUUUAUACUCUCGGUACCGACAUGUCAUUAACGCGGGACCGUAAAUAUCUCAAGACCGAGCUGGAACGCCACAAGCCGGCGCUUGGAUCCUGUCUGGGCGCAUUCAGUUCCUGUUUCCCGGUGGCGUUCCUCGAACCGCACGCCAACAAACAUAAUCCAUUCUCGCUCCUGAACCGCAUUGCCGAUACCUCGCUGGAAGCGCAAGACAUUAUGAGCAAAAUGGAGUGCUGCAUGCCAACGCUAGAAUCGAUCCUGUCCGAGGUCGAUCAGUUUGUCGAGUCGGAAAAGACCUACCAGGAAGCGCAGCACAUCAUUGACGUUAUUCUGCCACUGCUCUGCUCGUACCUGCCGUUCUGGUGGAACCAGGGCCCGGACAACGUGAGCCCGCAGUCGGGCAAUCACGUCACGAUGGUUACGGCCGAUCACAUGAACCAUCUGCUGAAGAACGUGCUCAAGAUGAUCCGUAAAAAUAUUGCCAACGAAAAUGCACCGUGGAUGACGCGCAUCGCCACGUACACACAGCAGAUCAUCAUAAACAGCUCGGAGGAGCUGCUCAAGGAUGUCUUCCUACCGUUGGCCGAGCGGGUGAAGAAACGUUGCGACAGCAUGUUCCACAAGGAGGAAAGCUUGCGUGGUUUCCUCAAGUCUUCCACCGAUGAUACCUCCCAGAUUGAAGCCCAAAUCCAGGAGGACUGGCAACUGCUGGUCCGCGAUAUCUACUCGUUCUACCCGCUGCUGAUCAAGUACGUCGAUCUGCAGCGUAACCAUUGGCUCAAGGACAAUGUGUCCGAGGCGGAAGAGCUGUACAACUACGUGGCGGAGAUAUUUAACGUAUGGUCCAAGAGCCAGUACUUCCUGAAGGAAGAGCAAAACUUCAUCUCGGCCAAUGAGAUCGACAAUAUGGCACUGAUUAUGCCAACGGCCACUCGCCGCUCGGCAGCCGUGUCGGGUGAUAUGCCGGCGGCCGGUGGCAAGGUGAAGAAGAAGAAGCGUAGCCGUGACAAGAAGCGCGACAAGGAUAAGGAAAUUCAGUCCAGCUUGAUGGUGGCCUGUCUGAAGCGUCUGCUUCCGGUUGGUUUGAAUCUGUUCGCCGGUAAGGAACAGGAGCUGGUGCAGCAUUGCAAGGAUCGCUAUCUUAAGAAAAUGCCCGAGUACGAGGUGAUCGAGUUUGCCCGUACGCAGCUCACACUGCCAGACAAACUCGACCCUGCGGAUGAAAUGUCCUGGCAGCACUACCUGUACUCGAAGCUCGGCAAAAAGGAACAGAUUGUGCAGGAUGCGCUGGAAAAAACGGACAAGAAGCCGGAAAACAAAAUCGAAGACACGGUCGAGCGUAUCGUCGCUAUGGCGAAGGUUCUCUAUGGACUGCACAUGGCAUGCCGACCUAGAGCAAAAGGUCUUAAUUGGACACACGUUUUAUCACAAGCACGACGCAAAAUGGCUGUUGCAUGUCUAAGAGCAAAACCAAUGUAUAGAUUGAGCAGACAUCGUGCCUGCAACAUUUUCGCUCGGAGCUACUCGGAACUGUGGCUAGAGGAUGAAAACGUGGGCCAAGAGGUGAUGAUUGAGGAUCUCACUCAAACAUUUGAGGAUGCAGAAAAGAAGAAGAAGGACGAAGAAGAGGAAGAAGGCAAACCGGACCCACUGACGCAGCUCGUUACUACGUUCUGUCGCGGUGCGAUGACCGAACGCAGCGGUGCCCUCCAGGAAGAUCCACUCUACAUGUCCUAUGCUAGCAUUGUCGCACGAUCCUGCGGUGAAGAAGAGGAGGAAGGUGGCGACGAGGAGGAAGGAGCCGGAGAAGAUGAGGGCGGCGCUAGUAUACACGAACAAGAAAUGGAAAAGCAGAAGCUUCUGUUCCACCAGGCACGUCUCGCUAACCGUGGCGUUGCCGAGAUGGUACUGUUGCACAUCUCCGCCUCCAAGGGUGUCCCGUCGGAGAUGGUGAUGCGCACGCUGGAGCUUGGAAUUGCAGUGCUGCGUGGCGGUAACAUCGACAUCCAGAUGGGAAUGUUGAACCACCUGAAGGAAAAGAAGGAUGUCGGAUUCUUCACCUCCAUUGCGGGGCUGAUGAAUUCCUGCAGCGUGCUCGACUUGGACGCGUUCGAGCGUAACACGAAGGCGGAAGGUCUGGGCGUUGGGUCGGAAGGUGCCGCCGGUGAGAAGAAUAUGCACGAUGCCGAAUUUACCUGCGCACUGUUCCGCUUCAUACAGCUAACCUGCGAGGGCCACAAUCUCGACUGGCAGAACUAUCUCCGUACGCAGGCGGGCAACACGACCACGGUGAAUGUCGUCAUCUGCACCGUCGAUUACCUGCUGCGACUGCAGGAAUCGAUUAUGGACUUUUACUGGCACUACUCCAGCAAGGAGCUGAUCGAUCCGGCCGGUAAGGCUAACUUCUUCAAGGCAAUCGGUGUCGCGAGCCAGGUGUUCAACACGCUCACUGAGGUCAUCCAGGGUCCGUGUACGCAGAACCAGCAGGCACUGGCGCACUCGCGUCUGUGGGAUGCGGUCGGUGGUUUCCUGUUCCUGUUCUCGCACAUGCAGGACAAGCUGUCGAAACACUCGAGCCAGGUGGAUCUGCUGAAGGAGCUGCUCAAUCUGCAGAAGGACAUGAUCACCAUGAUGCUGUCCAUGCUUGAGGGUAACGUCGUGAACGGUACCAUCGGUAAGCAGAUGGUGGACACACUGGUCGAGUCGGCAUCGAACGUCGAGCUGAUUCUGAAGUACUUCGACAUGUUCCUGAAGCUGAAGGAUCUCACCUCUACGCCGAGCUUCAUGGAGAUCGAUGCGAACGGUGACGGUUGGAUCUUGCCGAAGGACUUCCGCGAAAAGAUGGAACAGCAGAAGAGCUACACACCGGAAGAGAUUGACUUCCUGCUCGCUUGUUGCGAAACGAACCACGACGGCAAGAUCGAUUACAUUGGUUUCGUCGAUCGGUUCCACGAACCGGCCAAGGAGAUCGGUUUCAACUUGGCCGUCCUGUUGACGAAUCUUUCCGAGCACAUGCCGAACGAGCCCCGUUUGGCACGGUUCCUCGAAACGGCCGGCUCGGUGCUGAACUAUUUCGAGUCGUUCCUGGGCCGCAUUGAGAUUAUGGGCUCGUCCAAGCGCAUCGAGCGGGUGUACUUCGAGAUCAAGGAAGCGAACAUUGAACAGUGGGAGAAGCCACAGAUUAAGGAAUCGAAGCGUGCCUUCUUCUACUCGAUCGUCACGGAGGGUGGCGACAAGGAGAAGCUCGAGGCGUUCGUCAACUUCUGCGAGGAUGCCAUCUUUGAAAUGACGCAUGCGUCCGGUUUGAUGGCGAGCGAUGACGAUGGUGGCACGGUGCGUCGCGAUCAGUCCUUCACGUACAUCAGCGAGGAGGAGGAGGAGCGUGCGGCACGCGAUCCGAUCAAGCGCACCAUACAGGCCGUCAAGGACGGUCUGUCCUACUCGGUGUACAUGAUCAGCCCGUCCAACAUCAAGCACCAGAUUACCGUACUGCAGUCGAAAUCAUUCCCCGAGAUUAUAGUCGGAUUCUUCAAGAUGAUCUUCUACUCGUUCUACUACUCUGCCUUCGGCGUGUCGGUUGUGAUUAAGUACUUGAUCAACAUCCUGAUGUCGUUGAUGCGUGGCCCGGCCCAGGAAGCGGAAGAACCGAUGCCGGAGGCGGAACCAUCGCUGCAUGCGUUGCCACCACUGCCACUGGAAGAACCCCCGGGUACGGUGCAGGCAUUCGGGUUGGACAUCAGCAAGGAAGAGAAUGGACAGUACCGCAUGGCACCGCACGAAUCGCCCGCCCUCAGCCCAUCGUCGUCGAUUGAGGAAACGGGCGAAAGCAGCCCGGAGGAUGGUGCCGCCGAGCUGACCGGGGAAGGUGUGCCACCGGGUGAGCAGAUGACGCUGGUCGAUCUGCUUGGUGGUGAGGCCGCUAAGCGUGCCGCCCAGGAGCGUACCGAAGCGCAGAAGGCCCAGGAGGCAACGCUGGCAAGCAUUGAGGCGGAAUCGAAGAAGGCGUCGAGCGAAACGAAAGAACCGGCUGCGGUCCACCAGAUCGAUUUCUCCAAGUACACGAAGAAGUGUGUCAGCUAUCUGGCGCGUAACUUCUACAACCUCAAGUACGUCGCACUGGUGCUGGCGUUCUGCAUCAACUUUAUGCUGCUGUUCUACAAGGUGACGACGUUCGGCGAUGAGGAGGAGGGCGAAGGUUCGGGCGAAAGUUUGAUGGGACUUGGAUCCGGUAUUGGUUCGGGACUGGGCAUUUUGGAAACGGGCUCCGGUGGCGGCGAGGGUGGCAGUGGCGAUGGCGAAGGCGAAGAGGAAGACCCGCUGGAAAAGGUCGAAGUGGACGAAGAUUUCUUCUACAUGGAGCAUGUGCUACGGGUCGCCGCCAUCUUGCACAGCUUGGUGUCGCUGUGCAUGCUGAUCGCUUACUACCAUCUGAAGGUACCGUUGGCCAUCUUCAAGCGUGAGAAGGAAAUUGCCCGUCGGCUAGAGUUUGACGGUCUGUUCAUUGCCGAACAGCCGGAAGACGAUGAUAUCAAAUCGCACUGGGACAAGCUGGUGAUAUCGGCCAAAACGUUCCCGGUGAACUAUUGGGACAAGUUCGUGAAGAAGAAGGUCCGCCAGAAGUACAGCGAGACGUACGAUUUCGACUCGAUCUCGAAUCUGCUGGGCAUGGAAAAGACAGCGUUUGCCGCGCAGGAAGCGAACGAGGGCGGUGGGUUCUUCCACUUUAUCGCAAACAUUGACUGGCGCUAUCAGAUCUGGAAGGCGGGCGUUACGAUCACGGACAACUCGUUCCUGUACUCGCUCUGGUACUUCUCCUUCAGCGUGAUGGGUAACUUCAAUCAGUUCUUCUUCGCCGCCCAUCUGCUCGAUGUGGCGGUUGGCUUUAAGACGCUGCGCACGAUCCUGCAGUCGGUAACGCACAACGGCAAGCAGCUGGUGUUGACGGUGAUGCUGCUCACGAUCAUCGUGUACAUCUACACGGUCAUUGCGUUCAACUUCUUCCGGAAGUUCUACGUGCAGGAGGACGAUGACGGUGAGGAGGGUGACCGCAAGUGUCACGACAUGGCAACCUGCUUCGUGUUCCAUCUGUACAAGGGUGUACGGGCGGGUGGUGGUAUUGGUGACGAGAUCGGCGAUCCGGACGGUGACGAGUACGAGGUGUACCGCAUUCUGUUCGACAUCACGUUCUUCUUCUUCGUCAUCGUUAUCCUGCUGGCCAUCAUCCAGGGUUUGAUCAUUGACGCUUUCGGUGAGCUUCGUGAUCAGCUGGAAUCGGUCAAGGAGGACAUGGAGUCCAACUGCUUCAUCUGUGGUAUAGGCAAGGACUACUUCGAUAAGGUACCGCACGGGUUCGAUACGCACGUGGCCCAGGAGCACAACCUGGCCAACUACAUGUUCUUCCUGAUGCAUUUAAUCAACAAACCGGACACGGAGUACACCGGCCAGGAGACGUACGUGUGGAACAUGUACCAGCAACGCUGCUGGGACUUCUUCCCGGUCGGUGACUGCUUCAGAAAGCAGUACGAGGACGAACUGGGUGGCGGUGGUAGCUAA